UUCGAAGCCACUCGAUUAUCCAAUAAAGUCGUGGAUGAUCCUAAAUCGUUUUAUCAGAAACUUAUCUAAAAGAAAGUCGUUUUUUUCUCAGAAACAAGUGUCUAAUACAGAUAAGUGUUAUGUGACAGUGAAAACGUUCAAAACUGACUGUUACAACAAUGGAUUUAUGCCUUUUACGCAUUUAUUUCUAUAAACUAAGAACAUCGACUCUAUAAAAAACCUAGUUAUCAAACAAAGUUUGUGGUGGCUUUCAAAUGUACUCUGUGGUGGCUUUUGUGUAAACCGACUGAACGCAAAGUUAUUUUUAUAUCAUAGCCUAAUUCUUAGAGUUGCGUUUUCCUGUUUUAUUGCCUACUUCAGUAGGCACGUAAGAAAUGGACGACAUAAUCUUUAUCGGCGACUGGAUAAAAGAAAGAGAACUUGGAAAAGGAAGUUUUGGUACAGUAGUGCUAUGGAAACACAAAAAAACAGACGAGAAACUAGCUAUCAAGACUUGCCAGUGGGGUAACGAGCUUAGUGAGAAACACAGAGAACGAUGGACGAAGGAAGUGGAAAUGUUACAAAGUUGCAGGAAUCCCAAUAUUGUGGGGACAAAGGAUCUGCCGCCAGAGUUCGAAACGGGGUUGGAGCGCGCAAACCCGUCGCGCCUUCCAAUACUCUGCAUGGAGUACUGCAGCGGUGGUGACCUUCGACAGGUGCUCAACAAGCCUGAAUCCUGCUCAGGUCUAAAGGAACAACAAAUCAGGCAGAUACUGAGUGAUCUCAGAAACGCCAUGCAUUUCCUCCAUCAGAACAAAAUAACACACAGAGACCUCAAGCCAGAGAACAUAGUCAUGCACAUAUUAGACACAGUACAGACCAAUGUAGCUGUUCAAGGCCAAAGGAAGGUUAUAUACAAACUUAUUGACCUCGGUUAUGCUAAGGAAAUAGAUUCUAACUCUGUUUGUGCCAGUCUAGUUGGAACUUUACAAUACUUAGCCCCAGAAAUUAUUUAUAGUAAAACCUACAGUAACUCUGUUGAUUUUUGGUCAUUCGGUUUGGUUGCAUUUGAACUUAUUUGUGGCAGGAGACCAUUUUUGCCUUUCAUGGCUCCUGUGCAGUGGAUGCCGCAUGUAAAGAAGAAGGCUCAUGAGAAUAUUUGUGUGUAUGAAACUUUCCAUGGUGAUAUUGAAUAUUCCAAUGAAGUGUUCCCUGAAAACUUUAUUUCAAAACCGUUCAAAGCUCUCAUUGAAGAUUGGCUGAGAAUUGCUUUAGAGUGGGACCCUAGGUUGAGAGGCAGGGAUGCACCGUCUAGAGUCACAUUCAACAUACCAUCAGAACAAAAAGAAGCAGCUAGCAAGAUAGUUAUUUUUGAUGUCCUUGAAAAGAUUUUAACAAAGAAAAUAGUCAAAAUAUUUUCUGUAGCAACAUUGUCCCCGCUAGCUUAUGAAGUUGAUGAGGCAACCACAGUUCUAAUGCUGAAAUCUAAAAUAUUCAAUGAUACUCAGAUACCCAUGAGUGAACAGAUAUUAAUCACUCAGAUGAACUAUAUGGAGCCUGCAGACGAUGAAUGUAUAGUUAAAUAUUGGAAUGAAAACAUCAUGUUAUUCUUGUACAAUAAGAAGUAUAUCAUCAAAGAUAAUGUAAAAGCAAUAGUGCCAAUGGCUAUACAAAGGUGUCUAGAACACCCAAAGACAUUAUAUAACUUCAAGAACAGCCAAAAUCUAUACAAAAAUGGUUUCUAUCUUGUCUUGUCACAAAUGGAAAUAUAUGACUCACUUAUCAAUGGAUUGUUUGUAAGAGCAGAGUCGUUGAAAUAUGAAGGAAAACAAUUGCUACUCAAACAUAACUCCGUUGAUAAAAAUCUUGGGAAUCUUCUAGCUAAACAUGAAACCCUGAAACAGUUGACUGAUGCUGGUAAAACACACAUUUCUGCAUUACAAGAUGGCCCUAAUGGAACAAACCUUCUUGGUGGUUUUGAAAAAAUAUUCAAGAAUACAGAUGAUAUCUCGGAAAGAAUAAACAAACUGCAAACCGCGUGGACUCAACUUACAGUGAGACUUCAGUCUGCCACUAGACGAAGCAAUGAAGUUAUUACUGCUGAUAUCAACAACUUUGUCACUAAAUACAAUUACCAAGCAGUAUAUGCUAAUGCUUACAAAGCCUUCUUAGCUCAUAAAAAAGCAGAAUCCAUGAACCGAUCAAGGGAGAAGCAAUGCACUGACAUUACCAAAAUAAGCUAUGACUGUCUCAAAGUCAGAAGCAAGAUAUUAGAAGAAGUUCACCAACAACCAUUUGUACUGAAACUUAUGGAUGUAAGCACAGAGUUCUCCAAGAUUGGUGAUAUUGUACUCAAUGCAGCAGAUAAUACAAAUAAAUUGGCCGCUGACCUAAGCAAUGUUCUGGAGGAACUGACAAACUGUACUUGGUCAACUAUCAGUCUUGUGGUGAAAGACGCUGAAGGUUUUGCAAAUGUUCCUUAUAGUGUGGUGUCUUUUGAGAAGAAGGAUUUCAAAAUUGGUGAACCUGUGUCUAAUCACUGCAUGAGAAUGACUAACAAGUUAGAAGAUGACGAGGAACUAAAGUCCAUUAUUGAAGACAGUCUGAAAAUCAGGAAGAGUCAAAUGAAUUUGUCUAUGAAAUUAAAUUCCCAAAAAGAGCUGCUGAACAAAUCAAUAUUAGACUUUAGCUUUUUAAAAGACGCUUAAGUGUUUAUGAGAUUGUGAUUUAUAACGUAAUUAUGUGCCUUA